CACGUCAUGUGAUUCAAAGCCUCCGGAAAACGGCAGCAGAUUACAGACUGACUGAACUCGUGCUGCUCUACUGCUCGGUGGAGAGGUUUCCUCCGCUUCAGCCAGCAAACUAAACUCAAUUCGAGUUCUGUCGCGAAAGAGCAGACGGUGGAAAAAAAUGGACUUGGCCCAUCAUGGUCUCGUUCUCCUUAAGCGCCUCAAUGCUCAGAGAGAGUUUGGUUUUCUCUGUGACUGUACUGUGGCCAUCGGGGAUGUUCUUUUCAAAGCCCACAAAGCCGUUCUUGCAGCGUUCUCAAACUACUUCCGUAUGCUGUUCAUCCAUCAAGACAGUAACUGUGUUCGACUGAGGCCUUCAGACAUACAAGCAGAUAUCUUCAGCUACCUGCUAAACUUAAUGUACACUGGAAAAUUCACCACACAGCCCAUUGACCCUCUUCGCCUUGAGCAAGGUGUAAAAUUCCUGCAUGCCUACCCUUUAUUACAGGAGGCAAGUCUUCUUAUAAACCCUGAGUCCCAGUGUGUACCUUUGACAAACUCGCUUUAUGGAAUACAGAUACCUGAUCAGACUUACAGCCGGCCUGAAAGAAAUACAGCAUGCAAGGAUGGCAUUUAUGCUAAAAACUCUGAAAACGUUAACCAAACAUUUUUGGAAAUUUCUGAUAUGGAUUACAGAUCUCUACAACCUGUUGGCAUAGAGUCACCCACCCAGAAUCCUGCAGCCACAAUGUUCCGACACCUCACAUAUGGCAUAACGAGUAAGAGUGCUUCCUCCAGAAAGCAUUACACCUGUAAUUAUUGUGGAAUCCGUUUUAACCAGAGGUGCAAGUUGAAGGAACAUCUCCGUGUCCACACCAACCAAGCAACUGAGCCACAGGUGUUGUCUAUGCAAAAUGGUCACACUAUUGAGCUUGAAGUUCAGGAUAUGGAAGAGGACCAUUUGCGUGUUGACAGUGAUGUUAUUAGUGAUACCGAUCAACAGGCGUGGAUGGAAGACACCCCGCCGCCCUCUGAAAUGGCUGAUAUAGACAACCUGGAGGGCACCGAGAUGGGUCGUGAAAUGAAACGCCGAAAAUUUGAGUGUCCGACCUGUGCUCGCAAGUUUAUUCAGAAAAGUCACUGGCGGGAGCACAUGUACAUUCACACUGGAAAGCCAUAUAAGUGCAGUGCUUGCGGAAAGAACUUCUGCAGAGCCAAUCAAGCCGCUCGACACGUUUGUCUGAGUCAGGACACAGACUCGUACAUUAUGGUCAACAAACAGAGUUUGGUUCUGUGUGGUGGAGAAGACAACAGUCAAGUGGAAGCUCUCUUUCAGUCUUCUGAAAGACCAUAUAAAUGUAGCAUGUGUGCAGCACCUUUUGCAAGUCCUUCUGAGGUUCCCAAACAUCAGUGUUUGACUGAGAGCGAUACUGUACCAUUGGCAGAAAAUUCACUGGGGGAAAAUCAAAAGAAGGACUUAGAGACAACUAUUCCUGAAGUAACCAUUCCUUCUUGAAAUGUCAUGCUAAAGCAGUAUUAGCUUAUUGCCCGUAUUUAACUAUUUGUAUGUUUGUGUUGUUAUGAACUAAGAGAUAAGUAUUUUUUUAAGGUCCGUUGCAUUUUCAUGUCUUUUUUUCUAUUGAAAGGUCAUUUGUGAAUUAGUUUGAAACGAAUAAUAUGCCAAAACUUAAUGUUAGAAACACUUCUGAGUUGCCUAGUUAAGUAAUUCUACAUUGCAAGUAGAAGAAAAAAACAGCAUAUUAUGAGAUCCAUUUCAUCCAUUCGCCAAAAGAAAUAAAAACUGUACUAGCAUGCUGUAUAUCAACUUUUCAUAAAUUACAAGUCCAAAAUUGGUAACGUUUCGUUUUUUUAAAUAAAACUUAAAAUUAUAAUUUGAAUUAAACCAUGUCAAAUGUCGCAAAAUCCAGGAACAACAAUACACUCAUUUUGUAUUUAAACUUGUAUUUAGUUGAUUGUUAAUAUUGCAAUUUCUUCAAAGAUGCAUAGUCUGUAUAAUUAAACCGUCUGUACAUGUGGUUUCGGACACUUCUUAGCAAUAUAUUAGAAUAAGUUAAAAAUUUGUUUUCAAUCAUGUCAUGGCUUAUUGUAUCAGGCCAGACGCAACCCUCCAUAAUACAGGCAAGGCAGGUUUUAUAAUAUAAAAAAUGCUCAACUUUGUAAUGAUCAUAUGCAGUACAGAGUGUUUUGAUACUCAUGGAACAUUUAUAUAUGUUAAGUGCUUUUCUGGGGAAAAAA